AUGGAUAAAUUUCUGCCAUUUAUUGGAAUGGUGGUGGCGAUUAUGGCUCAGACUGGGAGUAUGAUACUGAACAAAGCAGCCAUGUCCAAAGGGACCAACGAAUACAUCAUCGUCGUCUACGCCAAUGCUCUCUCUGCCCUCAUUCUUCUCCCUUACAUCCUCACCUUCCACAGGUUACAUAUAAUUCCUCUCUUUCUUUCAUUUAUAUAUUUAUUUUACAGUGUGGUGAAUAAAGUAUGUUCAUCUCAGAUAUUUGGAAAUAUCGGCAUAGCAUACAGCUCUCCCACGCUUGCCACGGCCAUGCUUAACCUCAUCCCAGCAUUCACUUUCUUACUUGCCAUCAUUUUCAGGAUGGAAAAGGUGAACUGGAGAAGCUCAAGCAGCCAAGCAAAAGUUUGUGGAACCAUAGUAUCAAUCACAGGAGCAUUUGUUGUAACAUUCUACAAAGGCCUGCCAAUCAUAAAGCAAUCAAUAUUACUUUCCAAUUCACCCAAUCAACUCCUUUUCUCAUCACAAUCAAACUGGAUUCUGGGAGGGCUUUUUCUUGCAGCUGAAGCCUUCUCAACUUAUUUAUGGUACAUUAUCAAAUGUUUGCAGGCAUUUGUCGUUAAGAAGUACCCAGCAGUGGUGUUCAUAGUCUUUUACCAAUGCUUAUUUGCAACCAUUCACUCUGUAGCAUUUACUUUAGUUGCAGUUAGAGAUGCAAGUGCCUGGGAGCUAAGGCUGGACAUGGGGCUGAUUGCUAUUUUAUACGCUGGAAUUGUUUCGAUUGUUCUUCGCUACAGUUUAGUCACUUGGUGCGUGUGGACGGCUGGAGCUUUUUUCUGUUCUAUGUUCAAGCCUCUUGGAAUAAUUUUUAGUGUGAUCAUGGGUGUCAUCUUUUUGGGAGAUUCAGUCUAUCUUGGAAGUUUGGUUGGUGCACUCAUAAUUGUUAUUGGAUUUUAUGCGAUGAUGUCGGGGAAGGCCACAGAAGAGGAGCUGGUCGAAUCAUUAGGCCAAAAUAAGGUCCCUCUGCUACCAAACAAUAUACAAGAGCAGUAG